AUGGCUUCUGGUGGGGUCGGCGUGAACGCUGCGAGAUCGACAAAUGAAACUCCCGAAAUCCCAGACAAGGUAGGAGAUUGGCUUCGAGCCGUCUACCGCUUCGCCACCGAUAGAAAUGGUUUUCGGAGGAAUUUGAUCCUCAAUUUGGGACUUUUUGCUGCAGGAGUUUGGCGGGCCAGAAAUUUGAGUGACAUUGACCUAAUGGCACCCCAACCAGGGUUGUAG